UCACACACACACACACACACACCGCAGAAAAAGCGCAGCAGACAUGCGGUUGUGAUAAAGGACUUUCUUCCAAGUUCCAUUACGCGCAGUCAGUGUCUCGACGUGCACGCGCACAGUGCCUUUACUGAGCUCCGAACUGAGAUAUAACAAAACAAGACACGGAUGGGUCUCAGUGAAGAAACUCUGCGGUUCGUGAUAUCUGAUGGGAGAUGUGUGCCACCGACAUGACAGUACAGGGGUGAAGAACACAGCAAACACCCGGCCGUGACCCGUCUUACCUGCCGAGCACAGAGCGGCUUCAUUUUCAUGCUCAUCCUCAUCUGCUGGAGGCGCUGCAAUGAUUAAUCAGCACAUUUUCCUGCAUUACAAUUACACUGGGAAACUAGACAAUCGCAAUGAAACCCAAGAGGCCCCAAUGGACCCCAAAACCGUGGUGUUUUUGGUCAUUUGCAGCUUCAUCGUCUUGGAGAACUUAAUAGUCCUGGUGGCGAUUUGGCAAAACCACAAAUUUCACAACCGGAUGUACUUUUUUAUUGCCAACCUGGCGUUGUGUGACUUAUUGGCCGGUGUCGUCUACCUAGUAAACUUGUUGAUGUCAGGACAGCGGACGUUACACUUGUCUCCAGCCGAGUGGUUUGUCCGUGAAGGAAGUAUGUUUGUAGCUCUAGGCGCUUCUAUCUUCAGCCUGUUGGCGAUUGCGAUCGAGCGGCAUCUCACUAUGAUAAAAAUGAGGCCUUAUGAUGCAAACAAAAAGUACCGUGUGUUUCUGCUAAUAGGCACGUGUUGGUUGAUCGCCAUCACACUGGGAGCUCUGCCCAUUUUGGGCUGGAACUGUCGCAAUGAUCUUCCUCAGUGCUCCACCAUCUUACCUCUCUACAGCAAGAACUACGUGGCGUUCUGCAUCACCAUCUUCAUCUCUCUCCUGCUGGCCGUCUCCGUCCUCUACGCCCGCAUUUACAUCCUGGUGAAGAGCAGCAGCCGUAAAGUCACCAAACACAGCAACUGUGAGCGCUCCAUGGCCCUCCUGCGCACCGUCAGCAUCGUGGUGGGCGUCUUCAUCGCCUGCUGGACGCCCAUCUUCGUGCUCCUCCUCGUCGACGUGGCCUGCAGGCCCAGAAGGUGCCCGGUUCUGCUCAAAGCCGAUUGGUUCAUCGCCCUGGCCGUCGUGAACUCCGCCAUGAAUCCCGUCAUCUACACGCUGGCCAGCAGGGAAAUGCGAAGGGCGUUUUACAAGCUCGUAUGCGGGUGUUUGGUGCGGGACGGCAUCGUGGGGUGUAAGCAGAACACCGACCCUAGCAGGAGCAAAUCCAGCUCCAACUGCCCCCGGGCGGCCGAACAAGAAAACCCAGACGCCAAUUCAUAGUUUUCAGUCACGUGACGGUUGCGGAGACCUGGAGGGCAAAUACUGCAGCACAGGCCUGUCAAAUUUACAUAUGUUUGAAA